CACUCCCCCGCACCCCGACGAGCGCUUGAGAUUGGCCUCUGCAUGGGCUCCGUCGAUCCCCCUGACCCGCUAUCGAUGCGCGCUAUACACUGUGAACUGUACGAAAACUCAAUGCUCAACUGAGUCGACUCGGCUUGCUGUAGGAGAUGGGAGAUGCAGAAGAUGGAUGGAAGAUAUAAAAUCUGCAUCAGCUCGCUGCGACAGCCAUCGUGUGUUUGAAUACCUUGCGGUGUCCAGGACGAUCAAACCCACCCCACGUCGUUGAGAGCGGUGCGCGCUCUCUUUCUCGACUCUCAUCUUCAUUUUCUUAGGUUUCGUGGGCUUUCGGUCACUGUCCCUUCUGCUCGUCUUGGUCUCAGCCUGGUCCUGCUUCAGUAUACCCUCGCUUGACUCCCUCCUCUCGCUCGAUCGCCCCAUGAGCGCCCUGCUCUCAUACUGCUGGCUGAGCCUCCUUCUCCUCGCCGCCCGCGACGCCCAGGCAUGGGACGCGAAGCCGUUCAAUCCCGCCUCAGUGCCCCUCGCGGUGCGCUCACCCUAUGUGUCGACGUGGCUGCCGCAGGGCAAGGGGACGGCGCUGAACGAUGCAUGGGCAACGUUUUACACGGGUGGUAUCACCGCUUGGGCUGGCUUCAUCACGGUCGAUGACAAGCCGUACUCGUUCAUGGGCGUGCCCGGCGCAGACGCGGAUUUUGAGAAGGCGACGCAGAAGAGUGUGGAGAUCACAUCGACGCAGAGCAUCUAUGUGAUGACCGCUGGUGCAGUGGACCUUACCGUGACGUUCUUGAGCCCAGUGGAGCCUACCGACCUCGUUAAGCAGUCUAUCCCGCUAUCCUACAUGUCCCUCUCCGCCGCCUCGAACGAUGGCAGCGCGCACUCUGUCCAGGUAUACACUGAUAUCAGCGCAGAGUGGCUAUCGCCGAGCGACGGCGCCCAGCCGGUGAACUGGACUCUGGAAGAUGGCGAUGUGCUCUCGCAUACUCUGUCGCUGCAGACCCAGCUCAACUACGAGGAGAAUCAUGAUAUGAUCAGACAGGGCUCCGUCUACUAUUCCACUGCCAAGACAGACGGCCUCACCCACAUGUCCGGCCCCGACAAGACCGUCCGCACCCUCUUCGUCAACUCCUCCGCCCUCGACAACUCCCAGGACACCACCUUCCGCAACAUCUCCGACAGCUUCCCCGUCUUUGCCUUCGCGCACGACCUGGGCGAUGUCAAGGAUGCCACUGACCCUAUCGCGAUGAGCAUCGGAUUGAUCAGGGAGCCGGCGGUGCAGUAUGUGGUGGGCGGAAACAAGAUGCAGGAUCGGAGCUUGUUCUUUUGGACGGAGUAUGGGAGUGUGGGGGAUUUGAUCAAGGACUUCUUGGGCGACUACAAGGAUGCGCUGUCGCGGGCGCAGAAGCUGGACGAGCAGAUUGACUCGGACGCGAGUGCUAUCAGCAACGACUAUGCCAGCAUCACUGCGCUCUCCGUCCGCCAGGCCCUCGCUGCGCUCGAGAUAACCACCGUCAAGAACGGCGACGCGUACGACAAGGAGGACGUACUGGUCUUCCUGAAGGAGAUCUCCAGCAACGGGAACACCAACACCGUCGACGUGAUCUUUCCCAUGUGGCCCCUGCUCAUGUACCUCAACCCGGCGCUGGGGAAGUAUAUCCUACUGCCUGCGCUCAAGUACCAGGCAACGGGGCAGUACCCGAACAAGUACAGCGUGCACGAUAUGGGGGCACAUUUCCCGAAAGCUAUUGGGCAUAAUGAUGGGAAGGACGAGGCCAUGCCAGUUGAGGAAUGCGGCAACAUGCUCAUUAUGGCGCUCAGUUAUACGCAAAAAGCGAGUGACCAUAGCUUGAUCAACGACUAUGUCGACGCUUUCGACCAAUGGACGCAGUUCCUCGUCAAUGAGGCCCUCGUACCCGCCUCGCAGCUCAGCACGGAUGACUUCGCCGGCCAUUUAGAAAACCAGACGAACCUUGCGAUCAAGGGCAUACUCGGCAUCAAGGCCAUGUCGGAGAUUGCGAAUACGAUUGGGGAUAAGACGGCCGGGUCGAAGUACAGCGAUAUCGCAUCCGACUACGUCUCGAAGUGGCAAGAUUUGGCCAAGUCGUCCGAGGGUGGCCAUACCACAUUGAACUACGGCAACGACUCUAGCUGGGGCCUGACCUACAAUCUCUACGCAGACAAAUUGCUAGGGUUCAACCUCUUCCCUUCCUCUAUCUAUGAUCAGCAAACCGCCUUCUACCAGAAGCACAGUAACACCUUCGGCGUCCCCCUCGAUUCGCGGCACACCUACACCAAGUCCGACUGGGAGAUCUGGACCGCGGCCAUCAUGUCCGACACGGACACGCGCGACAUGCUCAUCAGCGCGGUCGCGCAGUACGCCGCGAACGGACAGAACGACGUGCCGUUCUCGGACUGGUACGAGACGACGGAUGGGAAGGUGGCGGGGUUCAGGGCGCGGCCGGUUGUCGGGGGGCAUUUUGCGCUGGUGAGUGGGGCUUUGGUUCAAUGGUUGGGCAAGAGCGACGCUGACCACACGUUGCUUUCAGCUUGCACUGUUAGUAUUCGUGUCUUCGUUGUUGGGUUUUGUCAGAAUUUAACUUUUCCCAACAGCAACUCCUCAGGUUCGGGCACCUCGACAGCGGACCCUUCGACCUCGACGGACGACGGCGACGAGAACGCCGGUUGUGCUCUGUCGCCACCAUUCCCCUUUACGCUUCUGCGUUAUUUAUUGCAGUCGAGGAGAUGACGACUUUCCUCGCACGCUCGACGCGUGCGACCCACACAUUCUCUGCCACUAUACUGCAGGUAAUUUAUGUAUUUAUAUUGGAUGCUGGAGGAGAACGCAAUUGGAGAAAACCCACACGCACCGAGCAUACGUAGACGCCUCUUGGUCUACGUCUCGAAAAGGCUUGCUUCAAGUAUGCAUGCGAUCGUAUUAUCGCAAGGUAAGUUACUCGUGAA